AUGACAGAAAUAGCAAAUCUUUUACAGGUUCCAUUAAAACAAGGGACAAACAAAAGGGGUGCAUAUAAUAGAACUAUGAAAGUUCCAGACGGAAUGAAAGAAUUAGUUCAUAUUGUUGCUGGUCUUCAAAAAGAUGUUAAACAAAUGAGAAACGUUUUAACAUUACCAGAAGCUCAAGCAUAUGCCAAACGUCAUGGUCCAAAUUGGGAAGCACACGAAGCAGACAUUACAGGUCCAAAUGGAAAACCUGAUGGUAUAAAUGAAGUUUUCGUUACUGAUGGUCAAGGUAAUAUUAAAGUCAUAAAUGGGUAUAAAUUAACUAUAUCUGAUUAUCCUAAACGUAAAGCAUAUAAUGAAUGUUAUCCUAUGCAAUUUGAUGAAAAUGGAAAAGCUGUUAAACAAUACAUUGGAGAAGGUGAACAUGGUUCAAUUAAUUCAUACCGUCAUAAUCCAUAUUCUUAUUUCAAUGAAGAAUUAAACGCUAUUGAAGAGGGACCGGAUGGAUUACCACGAUAUGUUAAUCAGUUUGAUG